CGACAUCAACAUCAUGGCUUCUAUCAUUACAGAGGGAGCAAAAUAUUGUCGCCCAGCCAGAAACUAAAGUCCCCGCUAAGGAUUUUCCGCGUGAGUUCUGUGGGGCUGCACAGCGGGCCUUUCUGGAAUGACUGAGACACAUUUACCCGCCAAGAAAUCAUGGAGCCUGAUAUCAUGACAGCAGCUGAUCAGCAGAGCAGUUUCUGAGCAGCUGACUACAGUGCAGAGAAACUGCUUAUUCACUGAAGCAAAUGUUCCCCCUCUUUCUGAGCUUCACAUGGGGGCAUAGGAAAGCCUGGAGGCCCCUCUUCUAGAGGAGCAGGGUCAGACAGCAAGAUUGUGACUUGCUCUAGUAAAACCUGAAGAAGUUGUCAUGGAGUGGCUGGCAUCAGCUAUUGAGAGGGACCUGGGGGUUGACCAGAGACAGAUUGGACCUGGGCCACGACCCGAUGAAUUGGUGGCCUUCGUUCCGACCCGUUGGGUGAUGGGUCUGAGGGAAGGGAGAAUAACUCGCUGUGCACGUUGUGACUGUGCGAGUGAUGGAGAUAUCCGCACCCUUCUCCAGCGCUCGCAGGCGAAGUUCCCACCUGGUUGGACUCGUGUUUGCAUCCAAGGCAUAAGGAAGAGCAAGUUGGGAUACAAGCUUGCCAAGGAGCAAGGCUUCCAGUGGGAGGGGCUCUCCCAGGACUCUUUCAUGAGACAGAUGCAGAAAGUGUCGCAGUGCAACAUCAGGAAUCUUUGGCGGGAAGCAUACAUGAAGCAUGUGCAGCCAUAUGCCGGACCUACUGAGCAAACACAGGUGUUGGCCAUUGAUGCCGUUCGCCAAGCUUUGCAGAAACUGUUUGGAUGUUCUUUCCUUUCCACUGACCGGGUGUCACCAUCCCUCUCUCCAGCCAGGGAAAAGGAGAGAGAGUGCCCUAUACCAUCCAGCUCCACAGUUCCCAAGCAACAUACAGACACUUUGUGUCCGAAUGUGCUCCAGGCUGAAUGCUUGCUUGAGUCCGGGGAGGUGUUGUACAUCGUUUGUCCAUACACUCAAUACUCUCUUCAUGACAUUGUCACUUUCAGUCCAGCCAAGCUUGCCAACAGCAAUGCUAAAGUGCUGUUUAUUUUGUACCAGGUGCUCAUAGCAAUUCGUGAAUGUCAUGCAUCAGGACUGUCAUGUGGAGAACUUUCCUUGCAAGACGUUGCUGUCGAUGAGCAGCUGUGCACUCGCCUCAAGAUCUCUCUAGCACAUUAUGAAGAACUGGGAGAGGACAGGGCCACUUUGGAGGAUGCAACUGUAAGAAAAGUGCUAAGAAAUGCAAAAGAAAGAGGCACUGUGAGUGUGAAAAGCGAUGUCAAUGUACAGCACUGCCAAGACUGCCUUCAUGAGCUCAAAGCUUUGGUCCUUGACUGGGUUCAUGGUAGAGUCAGCAACUUUACCUAUUUGAUGGAACUCAACCGGCUAGCUGGUAGGCGUGAGGGUGACCCCAACUAUCACCCAGUGUUGCCCUGGGUGGUAGACUUCACUGUGCCAUAUGGAAGAUUUCGUGAUCUCAGGAGGUCAAAAUUUCGUCUGAAUAAGGGUGACAAACAACUGGAUUUCACUUACGAAAUGACCAAAGAAGCCCUUGCAGCAGCAGUAGCUAACGGAGGUGGUGGAAGUGGUUUUUCUUCUGAUCUUGUGGGAUCAGUAGGCCCUGGUUGUUCAGGACAGUCAGAUCAUCUUCAUGUACCCCAUCAUAUCUCAGAUGUUCUGUCAGACAUUACCUACUAUGUGUACAAAGCUAGACGAACCCCCAAAUCUGUACUUUGCAGCCACGUUCGUUCUCAGUGGGAACCCAACGAAUAUCCAGCUAGCAUGGAACGAAUUCAGGGUUGGACUCCAGAUGAAUGCAUACCAGAAUUCUACACAGACCCUUCGAUAUUUCGUUCUAUUCAUCCAGAUAUGCCAGACCUUGAUGUACCUCCGUGGUGCAAUUCCUACGAGGAGUUCAUUGCAGCGCACAGACGUCUCUUGGAGAGCCGUGAAGUGUCUCAACAGCUACACCAUUGGAUUGACCUGACGUUUGGCUACAAGCUGUCUGGUAAAGAUGCUGUAAAAGCUAAGAAUGUCUGCUUACACUUGGUGGAUAACCACACCCAUCUAACUAGCUAUGGAGUUGUCCAGUUGUUUGACCAGCCUCACCCACCCCGUCUAGCACCUUACCAGUAUUCACCAGCAGAACCUCCUCACCUUGGUCCUGUCAGUGUGUCGGCUUGGCAAAUCCCACUACUUGACACAGGGAUGGAUGGUGUAGAUGGAAUGGUCCCAGAGGCAACAGGAUGUGAAUCUAGUGGCUGGACAAUGGUUGAUAGAGAUGAAGAUCUUGAGCAAGGAACAGAGGCUCUUGAUUCUUUAAGUGCUGUAGCCUCUGCCACCACCACUAUACCAGUUCCUGCUGGGAGCUCUGCAGGAGGCAAGACAACUGUAGAAAGCACAUCUUUGGCAGUGUCUCCCGCUCAUGGUUCCUUUCCUGCAGAAACAUCAAACAGUGGCACAAAUGCUUUGGGGUCUAGCAUUAGGGGUACCAUGCUUCAGAGAGGGCCUUCUGUAAUGAAGAAGCCAGAAGGGCAUGCUGCUUCAAAUGGAGAUGAUUUCAAAGUAGCAUUACCUGAAGGAUUCAAACCUUUGCAGCCUUUGGAAGAGUUGGAGAAGCUCAAUAACUUUCUGGGUAGAGGUUUGCAUUCCCAAGUCCUGGAAACAAUAGAUGUGGACUGGAACAUUGGAUCAAAGGUCCCCCUGUCUUUUACAGACCUUUUCCACAGAGACAUGCAAGCCCUAGGUGUCUUCAUUGCGGAAAUCUUUUCUUCCUCUAAACUGCGAGGUGUAAAGCCAGGUACAACACUGAGUGCUCGUUACCAAGCAGUAAUGAAGCUUUGUUCUGCAAGUCUUCGGGAUAUCCCACUACCACUUCACCAUGCACUUGAGAGCCUUCUGUACAUUCGCAAGCAUGCAUCUGAGACCUAUUCGUUGAACUUGCCCUCUACUGGCUCCUCACCAGUUCUCUUCAAGUACGACCCAAUAUCUGAGGGUCUUCCACCGCCAAACCCUUGGCAACUGCUUAGUCCAGUGCUCUCUCCAAUACCGUACCCAGAAUAUUUCCCAGUACUGCAUAAGUUCAUCUUCUCCUAUCAUUCCAAGAUGGAGUCCAUCAACAGCAUUCAGGGUCGGGAUAUUGUGUUCAACUUGUGGCAGCAGCUGCAGACUCUUCUUCAAGAAGAGAUCACUGCUGAGGGACUGGAGAUUCUCCUGCCCUUUGUGCUUGCAUUAAUGACUGAGGAAUCAACAGCUGUAUAUGCUGCCUGGUACUUAUUUGAGCCGGUCUCCAGGGUCCUUGGACCCCGCAAUGCCUCAAAGUACUUAAUAAAGCCACUGAUCGGCGUAUAUGAGAACCCCUGCUGCCUUCGUGGACGCUUCUACCUCUACACGGACUGCUUUGUGCUUCAGCUUAUUGUGCGGAUUGGCUUACAGGCGUUCCUCUCCAGCCUCCUACCUCAUGUCCUGCAGGUUAUCACUGGAUUCGAGAGUUGCAACACAGGUGCAGGCAGUGAAUGGCAAGGACUUAAAGGAUUAAGGGGUGCUGUGGGUGGUUUGGGAGAGGAGGAAGAAGACUACGACUGUGAAGAUGGUAGACCACCAUCCUCUGCCUCAGCUGGCAAAGUUGGAGCAGGCAGUGGAGGUGGUGGCGGAGGUGUGGGUGGUGUUGGAGACGCAGGUCUAAUUGACUACUCUUCAGGCAUAAGUCUUAGUGACCAGGUGUUUCUAACUGAAGGCGAGGACUUCCAGAAUGGCUUUUACGUCAAUAACGGCUCAUCUCCAGCAGCUGGAGUUUCUGCUAAACAACAGAACCAGAACUCUGCAAACAAAGACCAAGACCAGGAAUCUCUGAGUGUGGGGAAGCUAAGUGACAAGAGCAGUGCCAGUGAGGUGUCAAUUGGAGAUGGCGACUCUACCAAGGAUCGGGCAAGCUUGAAGUCUGCUGACAGCAGUCAGGAUCUAAAGCAGGCCAGCGAUGGAGAAGAUGGAGGAGAAUUGGAAGAUGAAGAUGAGACAGUGGAGGACAAAGAGGGCACUGUUCAGAAAGUCCCCAGUCUUGAGCUCACACUGUCUGGCUGCACAGAGGAGUCAGAUGUUACAGUGGGGACCCAGGAGAGUGAUUUCAUGAAUGGGAUGGAACAAGGAGAGGCUGAUAAAAACAUAGUGGUUGAGGAUGAUGACCAUGACCCUUCAGAGAAUUCUGAGGAGAAAGAACACAAGAUAUUAUUGGAUACUGUUUGUAAGACUGUUCGAUGGUUAGUUGCAAAACUGGGACCCACAGUAACCUCUCGAUAUGUAGCCCGGAAUCUGCUGCGUCUGCUUACGUCUUGCUAUAUAGGCCCUGAAAAACACCAAUUUGUCCAAUCUGCAAAUGAGGAGAGUAGUCUCGACAGUGUUGGAAGUGUGUAUGAGAAGAAACCAGUUGUCGGUGACCGGACAGCAAAGCCAGUUCUUGACUGUCUUAUUUAUAUAGCACACCUGUAUGGAGAACCUGUUCUGACCUACCAAUACCUUCCUUACAUUGGCUACCUGGUCUCUCCCCCCUCCUCCUGCCGGCUGAACACUCGUAAAGAGGCAGGCCUCCUGGGCGCAGUGGUGCUGACUCAGAAGAUCAUAGUUUUCCUGUCAGACUCCACCCUAAUGGACAUGCUGAUGAAAAUCAAUCAGGACGUGCUGCUGCCUCUGCUUGAUUUGCUCACCUCUCCCAAGAUGGGAUUUCCCAGCGGAGUGCAGACUCGUUCUGCACUGUGUCUGAAGACUCUGAGCCUUAUGGCUCUCAUCUGUCUGCGCAUUGGGAGGGAGAUGGUCCAGCAGCACAUGGCAGACACCCUCUGCCAGUUCUUCCAGGUCUUCACCUUGCUGCACAGUCUGCAGAACCAGAUGGACAAUGCUCCCAGAAGGGAGGUCGGAGAAUACACAUACGUUGAUGUCUUCACUCCAGAAGGAUCAGAGGUCACCUGUGAGCUUGGUGUUCUGGAAGAACUACAGGCUGUUUUUAACUCUGAGAUGGCAUAUGCGUCCUAUAUUCCUUUCUACUGUCUUAUUGGUGAUGCCGCUAUCCGCAAGCUGGUUCCCAAUCAUGAAUUGGUGUGGGGUCUUGCUCAGUCUUAUCAUGACCGAGCAAGUCCAGGAAGCCCAGAGUUCAGCCUAGCUAGUGGUCAAAGAGCAGAAAUGGCUGCUUCCUCCAUGGGCCACUCCCCAAGCUUGAGCCACCAUAUUGGUCGCAGCCCCUUCCCUGCUCCCUCCUGUACCUCCACUCCUCUCGGUGGAGACGCCCUGCCUGAGUCUGGAACCUUCGGCAGCCACUUAGUAGGGAACCGGAUCCAAGUAAAGCGGGACACAGAGCCGGGCGGGAGUCCCAAUCUGGCCUCUAUGGACACCUGGGGACGACCGCACGUCACCUAUGCUCCACCAGCCACCACCACCACAACAGUGGGCCCCAUUUCCUCACUCUCCUCGUCCUCUUGGGUGCUGGGCCACACCCCGGAGGACAGCGCACUGAAGCAGGAGCUUCCUCGCAGUAGCCGCUCUCUGCAGGGGAACUGGCUUGCGUACUGGCAAUAUGAAAUCGGUCUGAACCAGCAGGACUCGCACUUCCAUUUCCACCAGAUCCGCCUGCAGAGCUUUUUGGGUCACACCGGCUCAGUUAAGUGUCUGGCGUCCUUAGCUGGAGAAGACUACUUUCUCUCUGGGAGCAAAGAUAAAACGGUCAAGCUGUGGCCGCUGUAUAAUCACGGUGAUGGUACGCGUGAGGUGGAGCCCAGGCUGACGUACGCUGAGCACCGCAAGUCUGUGUUUUCUGUUGUGCAGCUGGAGGCUUUGCAGGAAGUGGUUAGCUGUGAUGGCACUGUGCACCUCUGGGAUCAGUUCACUGGUAAGCAGAUUCGUUCUUAUGAAGCACUAGAUGGAAAGAAUCCCAUCACCGCAGUCACUACCAUGCCUGCCCCUCACUGCAGUGUUGUGUUCGCCAGCACUGACUCAGUCCUUCGCUUCAUAGACCCACGCAAGCCUGGAUUGCAGCAUGAAUUCCGCCUGGCCUACAACAACAUGAGUGCGGGUCUGAUCCGCUGCCUGGCUGUGAGUCCUGGAGGAAGAACGGUAGCAGCCGGUUUCUCCUCCGGGUUCGUAGUGCUGCUGGACGCACGGACUGGACUGGUUCUGCGUGGCUGGCCUGCUCAUGAAGGAGAUAUACUGCAGAUGAAGGCGACUGAUGGAAAUUUGCUGGUUAGUUCCUCUACUGAUCACACUCUGACGGUUUGGAAAGACCUCGAGCACAAGCCCCUUCACCAGUACAGGACUCCUUCCGACCCCACCCACGCCUUUGACCUCUAUGGUGCUGAGAUUGUGGCAGGCACUGUAUCCAACAAGAUAGGUGUUUACUCCAUGUUGGACAUCUCUGCCAGCCCAGCGAGCAGCACCAAGCUCAGCUCUGAGAACUUCCGGGGGACGCUCACCAGCCUGGCUGUGCUGCCAACUAAGAGGCUUCUUCUGCUGGGCUCUGAGAACGGUGCCAUCAGGCUACUGGCUUAAGCGAACAAUCAAGACCAGCACAAGCAGUUUUCUGAUUUUGAGUGUCUCUUAUAAAUACGUUUGUUGUACGUGCCACUCCUGGCUCAUCCUCCUCCUGCUCCACCUCCUCCAAAUGAAAGAAAGUUUUCAUGCCCUUUUCAGCUGGGGGGGAGAGAAGCUUGCCUCAAGUCAUUUAAGGAGGACUUAGUGCCUCAAUCUUUAGUAAAGUUUAACAAAAUUAGUGCAACUAAUUCACACGCAAUCAGAAUCAAAGGAUCAGCUUCACAGAACAAUUUUUGAUUUUUACGAUUUUUACAAUUUAUUUAUGGAACUCAUGACUGCACAAGCUGAUGUUUAUGUAUAGAAAAAAAAUCGAGGAUGAAAAUUCUUAUCCUGGACAAAUGAAGGAAUGAUUGAAUGGUUUCUUUAGAAAAGUGGAUAAGAGGAACUGCUCAGGAAUGUUGAGCCAAGCAUGGUUCUGGUGUAGUGUUUACACUUUCCAAAUAGAUGCACAGAAUCACCAAAAAAAGGAAAAAAAGAAAAGAAAGAAACCCACUGUGAGGAUCAUAGAUCAGACCUUGUCAAUGCGAUCAUGUCACCUUACACCAGAUGCACUCAACAACUAUGCAGUAUUCAUGGAUGCUCAUUUUAGUAUUGUGUUAUGUAGUAUUAUAUGUUUGCCACAAGCCCUCAUUAUUUGUUUUAUGGUGCAUUUUCAUAACUUUCUAAAUCAUGAGUAACUUCAGUCAUAAUCAAACAAGUGGACCUUUCUCAAUGAUAUGUUAACAAGUAUAAACAGUCCCAGGGUAUUGGUCCCUGGACCGUCCCCCACAGUGGAUAAUAAUAAUAGAGGUGCUUUUGAAAAUGUAUUAUUUUUUUAGUUUUUGUUGUUGGACCUCUUUAAAUAUGAAAUAUAUCUAAAGUUUCUGAAUUGGAGCACCAUGUUAAAUGGGCAAGUACCCAGCCAUAGAUUAUUAUCUAUGAGCGGGCUUUACAAAUAAUAGGUCAAAAAUCCCAGGUCAGAUGUGAUUUUGCUUUUUUUUUUUUAUUGUAACGGUGCGUGAACUGAUGAGUAUGGUAAAUUGUUUUUGAAAAUAAUCUAUCCUUGUAAUAAUAAUAAUGAUGAUGAUUAUAAUGAUUUAACCUCUUAUCUUAUGUAUAUCUGUAGUAAUAAUAAUUUUAUAUUUAUGAUGUAUACAUAUAUAUAUAUAUAUAAACUUCUAUAACCUAGAAACUAACCAAGUGAAUUGAUUAUAGGAAUGACAUCUAUACACACAAACAAACACACACUGGAGUUUAUCCUGUAUACAUUCCAGUCAAACCAUCAUUUAAUUUACGUUUAACCCCACCCUUUGAUAAAAUAUGUUACGUGAAAAUUGAACUAUGUUAUAUCAUCAACAAGACUGGAUUAAUAUGGCCAAGUACAAGAUAAGGGUAAAGAUGAAAAGAAAGAUCAUCUCCUGAAUUUAUGGUAAUCAUAAUUACUGUAUGCUUCGAGAUUGAUUCAAGAUAUACAGUUCCUAAUUUUAAAUCUCUAACAUCACUAAACAAAUACUGCUUAUAUUCUUUUAUCAGAAAAAAAGCUUUAUUCAUAUAUGAUGUAUUGCUCGUUUACCUGCAAGUUAAAUCAAACAAGACCAGCGGUUUUAAAUUUCUUAGGUGACAGAAGCACAGAAAUAAGCUUAUUCUCUUUCUCUCAACUCACAAUUCAAAUAAAUCAAAAUAAUUGUGUAGACAUAGGAAAUUUUUAAAAUACACUGACACGCCAUGCAAAAUCUCUUGGGACAGGACCUAGGAAUUAGUCACAUGUCCCAUGACUUUUGCCACAGGCUAAUGAACACUGAACUGAACUGCAUGGUAUGAGUGGGGAGUCUCCAGCACUGAAUGUGUGCGUGGUUUCUGCCAGAGUCGCUUGUCUGUUCACCAGUUCACACUGACAGUUCUAAUUAUAUAUAUAUAUAUAUAUAUAUAUAUAUAUAUAUAUAUAUAUAUAUAUAUAUAUAUAUAUAUAUAUAUAUAUAUAUAUCAAUGCCCCAACACCAGGAGGGUGAAGACUAGCACAUGCCUCCUCUGAUACAUGUAAAGUCAGCCACCACCUCUUUUCUAACUGCUGCAUUGCCGAGUAGCAUCACAGCGUGCUCGGAGGAAAACACAGCGACUCGGACAUAGCAAAGCCAAUUGUGCUCUCUUAGAGCUCCGGCAACGGAUGGCAGGCGGCAUGACCGGGAUUCGAGCCAGCAUCUCCCGAUUACAGUGGCAGCGACACUGAAAUUUUCUAACCAGGUGCAACCAGUCACAAUCAGAACAGUCGAAGAAUACUAAAUGCUGGCAUUUUGUAAAUUAAAUUUUCCAUCCAUCAAGCACUCACUAUUAGGCCUUGAACAAAAUCUGAUAUGUGAUGAUUCCCAUCACCUUGCCAACAGCACAGGCUAGUGUUCUGCCUCACUCACAAGUUUUCGGCGAUGUAGGUGUUAUCAACUGCCAACCCUUGGCUUGACUUGGCAUGUCAGUAAAUGUAGAUCAACAUAGGUUGAUUUUAAAUCAGACAAUAUGUAGCAACUGCAAAACACUGGAUUAUUUGUUUAGCCCCUCUUGUUACUGCUCUCAUGAAAAAUGUUUCAUGUUUUUUUUCUGCUUUUUUCCUUUUAAACUAUGUCAUGUUUUCCUUACAAACUCAAUCUGUCAAAAAUAGUCAUGAUUUGAAGUAAAGAAACAAACUGAUCUGAAA